AUGACUGGCCACUAUGAAGUGAAGGUACAGGGCAUCAAGGUGAAGCCCAGAGUGAUAGACACAGUAAUCGCUUUAAAGACCGGAAUAGAAGAUCUAUGGUCAUUCGUCGGUAAAGGCACUGGUUCAAAGUAUGUGGUGGGUCUAGAUAUCGAAUGCACACCAGUUGAAUCAACAAAUAAAGUUUCAAUCUUGAAAUUGGCAACUGGGUCUUUCUGUCUAAUCAUAAGGCUUCUGAAUUUAGGUACAAUCCCUCAUUUCCUCUUCAAUUUCCUUCGUCUCCCUGAUGUUUCAUUUGUGGGUGUUGGAAUUAAAGAGAAUGUUGCUCUGCUUGAGAGAGAUUAUGGACUUCAAUGUAGAAACAUGGUUGAUUUAAGGAUUUUGGCUUCUUCAGUUCUUGAUGAUAGAAGGCUUGUGGGUUAUGGUUUGGUUGAUUUGGCUUAUCAUGUCAUACCGCUUCAGGUUAUGAAGAAACCUGCGUCAGUGUUUUUGAGUGAUUGGAAUGGAGAGAACCUUACAAUGGAGGAGAUUGAGUUUGCAACAAUUGAUGCUUAUACUUCUUAUAAGAUUGGGAACAAGUUGCUUGGGGGCUUGUGA